GGAAACGACUACAAUAAAAGAAAAGAAGACUAUAGAAACUAUCCUAACCUGAAAAGGUCAAUCGGGGGCUUUGAACAGUUUGGACUGGAGUGAUGCAAAAGCAAGUAGUCAGAAAAGUAUUGAAUGUUAUUGAAUAUGAAUAUGAUUGUACCUUUGGGAAUCCUCAGAAAUGUUCUUUUCCAGUCUAAAUUCCCAAUAAGGAGUAUGAGGAUAUUUCCCAGAUUGCAGUUGAAGGAAAUAAGGGAAGUCCAAAAUGAGAAGGAACUAGUAAUUUAUGGUGAAAUAGUGCCAUCUGAAAGAGCAAACAUUUUAUUGAAAAACACUCACCCACAGGCAUGUCCCCUAUGUGCUUCUGGUCUUGAUGUGAAGCACACAGAUAUAUUGAUAAUCAGUCAGUUUGUACGUUCUGAUGGAUGUAUGUUACCAAGAAGGAUAACAGGUUUGUGUAGGACACAGCAGAAGAGAAUGUCUUCACUAGUCACUAUGGCACAGAAAGCUGGCUUGAUGCCCAAUUUGAAUCCAGCAAAUAGCAAAAAGGAUCCAAAGAAGAGGUUUCAAUGGAAAAAAUUCAACAAAUACUUUGAUGAAUCCACAAUAAAAUCUUGAACCUGAAAAUAUUAUGUCCCAGUAUAAGUAACUAAUAAAACAGUAAUAUUUAAUUUAAUAUUCUAUUUCAUUUUAGUUCCACCUCACAAAAUUUAUUGAUGUUUGCUUCAAGGAUUUGCUUUUUCUACAGAUUUUUCUUAUAAUUAAAAUCACAUUAAUCAAACUUUUCCUCCAUAUCUUCUAUAAAAUUCCUCUCCAGUGUUGCAUCUGCAAUAUAAGUCUCCACUGUUUCAGUCUUCAGCAAUGAAUUUUCUAUCAUAGCAGUAAAAGGGCUACCUUUAUAAGUAGGAUUAUUAACCAUUUCCCUAAAAGGAGAUACAAGUUUUUUUUAUUCUUCACAAUACAAGAUUAUUUUUUUCACUUACAUAAAAAUACUUAAUAUUUGGGUAGGUGUCAGUUCUCUGAAUCUUGUGAAGAUAUUUAUAUUUUCAAAAUACAUCUCAUGGUCUAGUGUAGGAACAAUAAUAUUCCUUCCACAAUCUGGGACCCAUUUCCUGCAAUAAUUAAACAAACAUAAUGUUUUCUCAAAUUUUUUGAAAGCUUCCAUCUUUCAUGUAAUCUUACUCUAUUGUUGGUAUUAUUUUUUUAUUGCCUUUGCCAUAAAAUUGUCUGAUGAAAAAAUAAAGAGGUAACAGUUGUUCAAUUUUAACUGGUAGAUCUUUCUUGUAAUUUACUUUCACCAAAUAUAUUUCAUCAUGAUUGUGGUUUUUUACCUGAAAUCAAAUUGAAAUUUGAUGAUAUAGUAGGAGCCUUGAUUAUACAGGGUGAUUCAGGUUUUAAGGUUCAAACUGGUGAAAUGGGUAAUAGGUCUCAAUAUUUUGAUAACAGUUUAUAUAAACAUUGGUCCUAUCUGGAUCAGUAUAGGAGCAACAAGGGGCAAAGUUUUUUUUUCAUCACUUGAAAUAGCUCCCUCACUUCAAGAGAUAUCAAUUUGAUAUUGGGUGUGGUCAAUACUUUCUAGAAGAUAAUCAUCUGAAGCAUUUUGAAGAUUUUCAAAAUCUACAGGAUGAAAUGUUUUGGGGGUAGAUGCUUCUUCAUCCCCCUCCCCCCAAACUUUUUCAUAGUUACCAAAUACAUUGGAUGGUUCAAUUCAAAAGAUUUCUCGUUCUUCAAUUAUUUUCUAGAAAGAAACUUCUUUCAAAAUGAAUAAGCAUAAUUAUCCCUUCUAUAACAUGUUAGUUUUGCCUGAUUUUGCCAAUAUUUUGCUUGAAUUUUAUUCUUGGACAAAAUUCGUUAAGAAUGCAAUGAAAUGUACUGAAAUUUACAUGUUUUUGAUCAUGUGUCCAAUCUGGAUCAGUAUGGGGGAUACACCAGAGGUAGAAGGUCAGGUUUCUCUUAACCUACCAAUACAAUAAUGGGGAAAUUUCCUGUUAAGCCACUGGUUAAGCCCCAUCCAGUUGUAUCUAAUAUAUAUUUCAAUAUCAUUGAAUAAAUUCAAAAAUAAUAUGGCAUUCACUCUGUCCAUAUAAAUGUAUGGUCCACAAAGGGCACUAGGUGGUAACAAAUUAAGCCUCAAGUGUGAAUUAUGAUAAUUUACCACCAUACAUCUGGUAAAUGUGGCUUUAUCAGUCCACAAUACAUAUAUUUUGUAAUUUUCAGCAUUGUCAAUAUUGUUAAGGAAUUCUGUAUAAGAAUAAAAUUCCAUAGAAAAAAAGAAUAGAUGAAAUUAACAUGUUUCAAAUGGGAUAUGCUUAUUUCAUCUAGAAAACGGUUCAUUCAUAUUUCAAUUAAUAGAUAAAAAUAAUCAAAAUUUGACCCUCUGUAGCUCUGCUAAUGAUCCAGAUCAGACUCAUGUAAAUAUAUUUUUCAAUUAAAAUGAGAUCUAUCACCCAUUUCAGUUUGUACCUCAAAAUCUGAAUCACCCUGUAUACACACUGAUAUUUCAAAUUGAUAAUUUUAUUUACCCACAUAUACACGUUUAUUACUAUGAUGUUCCCAUGGGAGGAAUAUGUCCCUUGGAAAUCUCUGAAUCAGUUCAUAAUCAAACAACAUAUUGAAUAGUAUAGAUACAACCUGAUAAACAUUCAAGUUUUCUUCAGGUCCAGCAGUCAAAAUCUACAAAAACUCUCUCAAACAUGUUAUUAUAGGAAUGUAUUUAGGUCUUACUGCAUAAUCUUUAUGUUUCAUGAAUGCAAACAAUUGUAUUCUACCAUAGCUUAUGGGACCACUUUGCAAUGCCAAUGAUUUGAUCAAAUACUUAAUAAAAGUCAAACUGGAGAUGAACCCAAUAAUUGUCAUUGAGGGCUCUGAAAAUUAUUAUUUUAGUCAAGAUUCAGCUGGUAUAAUCACAUUUACCAUCAAUCCAUGCUCGUUUUGGCACAUUUUUUAACAGUGAGUGGACUCUGUUAGCAUUAUCCAUGUUAUCAAUAUAUGCAAAUCUAGGCAACUGGAAUAUAUCUUUUGUGAAUAACUCAAUACGUCCAGGAUAAACUUCAUUGAAAUUCUGUAAAAAAAUCACUUCCUAUGAAAAUGCCUUGAAAACCAAUGAGUGAAAAUUUUACCAUCAAUUCUUUUCGAAAAUCAGGACAAGAUUCAUACAUUCUAACUCUCUGAACACCAUUUUCCAACAGUUCUGUAGAUAUCAGUCCUAACCCAGCAUUAGUUUCAGCAAUAAGUUGGUGCCCACUCAUGUCAACUGAAGGUAACACAAGUGAUACAACUUGUUUGGCUGCCUCUGGACAUAUUAAAUAAAAGUGCUCAGCAUUUUCAAAUUUAACAACAUCUUUAUAUUGUGGAGGAAUAUAUUGUCCUACUUGUACCAAGUGUGGUUUUCUCAAAAAUGUGUAGACAUCAGAUGUUGAUUUCCUUUUAUUUUCUUGUGUUGUUUUGGUACCAAAUAGUCUUAUCAACUGUUUCUUCAGCCUAGAGUUUAUAUUUUGCACCUAUGAA